UUUUUUUUUUUUUUGUUUGACUCUCUCUGUUUGCCAGUCUGUCUUCUUUCGCGGCAGUCGCCUUGACCACUGCGUCAAACCGUGCUUUUCACGGGCCCUCUCCCUCUUAUCAGUCCCUCCCUCCCUCCACGCCCGCUCCGUUCUCAUCCACGAUCGCUCCUCAGUGGCCGCGAACGUCCGCCGUCCGUCCGCCGUCUUCAGCCUGAAGUGUACAGCGCCGUGCCCAGCGCGCGCCCUCACACGAGAUGCUCACUUUCAAGCGAGCCGUCGUUCUCGCGGCCGUCGCGCUGAGCCUCCUUUUCCUCAUGCGAAGCUUCCAUCGCGAGGAGGAGCCCAACGCGGACCUGCUCCUUCCACAUCCAGUGCGCAUGAACACGCACCUGGAAGACAGCUUCCCUCGGGAGAAGCCUGCCGAGGCCGAUGCCGCCGCGUCCAAGGAAAGCGCGAUUCUGCAGGAUUCACCGCCGCCUCCGCCUCGGAAGCCGAAGCCCGCACAGAUCCCGCUUGAGGACCUGCGCAGCCGCCCGCUACGGCAGCAGCUCGAGUAUCUCUUUCCCUAUGACCCGACGUCCAAAUUCCCAGCCUACAUCUGGCAGACGUGGAAGACCAGCCCGACCUCGCAGGACUUCGACCAGGCCUUCCGUGAACCGGAGGCGAGCUGGACCCAGCUUCACCCUACCUUCGUCCAUGAGGUCAUCACCGACAACGUUGCCGUCCAUCUUCUGCGCCAUCUGUACGCCUCCGUUCCAGAGGUGCUGGACGCGUACCAGGCUCUGCCGCUCGCCGUUCAAAAGGCCGACUUCUUCAGGUAUCUGAUCCUGUUGGCUCGAGGAGGAAUCUACUCGGAUAUCGACACGGCCGCUCUCAAGCCGGCCAUGGACUGGGUGCCCUCCGAGGUGCCCCGGUCGUCCUAUGGCAUGGUCAUUGGCAUCGAGGCUGACCCGGAUCGCCCGGACUGGUCGGACUGGUACUCGCGCCGCAUACAGUUCUGCCAGUGGACCAUACAGUCUAAGCCCGGCCAUCCGAUCCUAACCGACAUCGUCGCCAACAUCACCCAGGAAACGCUCUUGCGUAAGCGCGAGGGUCGCCUCUCCGACCGUCACGAAGACAUUGUUGAGUUCACGGGCCCCGCCCUGUGGACCGAUACAAUCUUCCGCUUCUUUAACGACCCUGACUACUUCGACAUGUCCACCAGCAAGGGCAAUAUCACCUGGGAGCAUUUUACGGGCAUGACCUCAGCCAAAAAGGUUGGCGAUGUUGUCGUCCUCCCCAUCACGAGCUUCUCGCCGGGCAUCAAGACCAUGGGAGCCGGCGAGGACGACGAUCCCAUGGCUUUUGUGAAGCAUGGCUUCGAAGGCACCUGGAAACCUGAGCAUCUCCGUCACAUUGGAGAAACCGAUGGUUGACGGCGUGUUUUUUCUCCCGCCACGAUAAUGAUUUCUUUUGAUUUUCAUAAAAAUCCUUGUCUUAAACGGCAUUGAGGGAUUCAUAAAAUUUUCCGAAGAAUGCGUUUCACAUCCUCAAACGCACUGCGGACUUUCAUCUCGGAACUGUGCGAAACCACACGGAACGCACGACACACUGAGCAGCAAAAUUCGCGAGCUGAAUCACGGGGAUACCCUAACGGCCGAAUAUCUUUUCGUCACGAAACGUGGGACCCAUAUCUGAAUUUUUGACGCACACUGCGACGUUCUCAUCUUUGAAUCUCCCUAGAGGACGGGCGUGAACACAUCUGUGACAACGUCCUAUCUUGACACAUCUAGAUUUAAUUUGCUGACAUUUUUCUGGUGAUUGGGCAAGCAUAGAGGAACAUGGCGUUAUGAUCGGUGACUUCAUUUGUUGCGGUUGUAUGGCGCCCAGGUGAAAUCAUCUCAAAACUUGAGGUCGCACGUGUUUGUCGGGUCUACAUCUUAUGAUGGAGAAUGCGAUGUCCGAGCCAAAAAAAAAAAAUAUUGGCUGAAGCUGGCAAUGCUUGCAUUUUCUGAAAGAGUGUUUGCCUGCGAUCGCCGUCGCGACUUCAUCCGCUUUCCUGUUCUCAUUUUUUUUUUCUUGACUGUUUACAACUGGGAGGCAUUAAACGUUCAAGUGCUGAACUGCGUCCGGGUUUUUCAAUCCUGUAUACUUGUGAGACUCAUCAUUUGAUGGAAUGGAGCAUUGGGACACCAAAAUUGCUUUGUUAUCUCUGCCAGCGCAUCAUCGGCCCUGGCUUUGGGAUUUUGAUUGCAUAUCCUUUAUUUUCCAGCCACCGCUUUCGUUCACACAAAGUAGAAUCUCACACGGACGGAACGGCAUAGGCUUCACUCUAUCUACUGUAUCUUUGAGUAUCCGUACAACAAGCUCAAGUUCGUUCGAUUUUUUCAUUUUUUUUAUCAACCUCGGACUGGGCUACGUUUAGGAGGGAAAGAAAUGUUGUACAUAUCCGCAUCCAAUUUUAUUCCUUCGAGAAUAAACGGCCUGGUAGAGGAUAUGCAACUUCUGGUU